UCGGAUGUACUGAAAAUCUUCCGCGGAGCUCUCUCUGCGUGUCUCGCGUAGCCCAAAAUUUCGAAGUUAUCGCGUGCUUCCAAAAUUUGACGUUUUUUUCCCCCUUCAUUUCUCAACGCCAUGGAAAUCUGUAACGAUCAACCGCGACCGCGUCCCCAACUGACCUCGGUCAUCGAAAUCAAAAAUAAGAUACGAGCGGGCCACUCGGAGUGCUGCAAUUGCUGCUGUUGCAGCAAGCCGGUCCAGUACAAAGCCUACAAAUACAUUCAGCCGCCGAUUCCGAAAUCGUUUCGACCCGUUCGGAAAUACGUGAAAGAAGAUGUGCCCUUGGAAAACUCGACCACCUACAAGCUGUCCUUCUGGCCGAAUCCGACCAAGAUGGUCAAGCCCAUUCUUCCUCAGGGCAAUCUGACAUUCUCCACCUGUCCCAUAACCGACGACACCACCCACAAGAUGAGCUACAUGGGCAACUGGGGCAUUGAGCCACAGAAGAAGCUCGAGCCCUGCCGUCGUAACUGGUUCGGCCGUGGCCCGCUGCUCGACGUCACCACGCAAAAGCACGACUUCGUGUGGAAGGCCUCGACCAAAGCCGACCCGAUCAAGUAUCCGGGCCAGCUGUGCAUACCCCGUGGUCACGUGGCGGACGCCACCACCUACAAGCUGAGCUUCUACGAGUCGAACAACGUCGAGCCCAUACCGUCGUACAGGCCGGUGCGUGAGUACGUACCCACCGAGGCGCCCCUGGAGGAGUGCACCACCUACAGGUUGAGCUAUCACAACGGCGAGCUGCCGGAGAAGGAGCUCUACCCGUGGAAGCCCGACGGCAAGUAUAAGAGGCCGGUGGAGGCGCUCGACGAUCACACCACCUACAAGCUGAGCUUCUGGCCGCACGGCAACGUCGAGAGGCGCGAGCCGAUCAAGCACCAGGGCUCGGGCGACCCCAUCAACAAGGACGACCCGAUCGAGUGCAACACCACCUACAAUCUGAGCUACUUCGCCGGGGCGGCGGGUGACAUGCCGGCGCCGAUUCUGCCCAGAGGCAACAUCGAGUUCGUCGACUGUCCCCUGUCGCACGACACCAUCAACAAGAUGAGUUAUCUGGGCAAUUGGGAGCCAAAACCCGAGAAGCCCAUAGUCCAGUGCACGAGGCAGCUGCUGGGCAGGGGCCCGAUCGAGUCGUGCACCACGCAGAAGGACGACUUCGGCUGGAAGUGCAGCGAGAGAGUCGAGCCGAUACCGCCCAGGGGCAAUCUCGACUUUUCCACGGCGCCGAUCGAAGACCUCACGACCAAUCAGUUGUCGUACAUGCCCACCUGUCCGGAGUCGUUGACCCCGACCGAGUCCUUCAGGCCGGUUAGACAGUACGAGCCGACGGACAUGCCGAUGGCCUGCGACACGACGAUGCAGAUCAGCUAUCAGCCACCGGAGCAGGACGAGCUCGACAGGCAGGAGAGACCCUGGGCUACCAAGCCGGCUUAUCAUCAUCCCACUACGCCUAUCGACGAGAAUACCACAUACAAUAUGAGUUACAAUCCACCGGGUUUGCUGAUACCGGUCUCGGAGUGCUGUGAGGAGGAGGCGGCUGCGGCGGCCGCGCAAAACAGUUCUAAUCCAUGCUCCAUGUCGGUCUGUCCUCGCGCUGCCAUUCAAGAAUCCAGGCCCUGCAUAUCUUGCUGACGACGACGACGAACGACGACGACUCGGAGCUUUGCAUUCCUCGGCCAUUAUUCAAUCGAAGAAUCUCCUUUUCGAAGCCACACAUAUACGACCUUUCACUUGCGACACUUUUUUGACGUGUGCGCUCAAGUAUAUUCUGCGCGUGAAAAAUUAUACCGUCGAGAUUGUUGCGUCUUUAUACUCCGUCCCUCCCGUGUCUCUCUUUUUG